GACUUAGUGAGCACCAUGGCAGCAGCGCAUGCUAGCGAGCUGGAGGUUGCAAAGAAGAAUCUAACUGAUGCGAUUGGCGAUAAUGUCAAGCAUUACUGGGCGAACCUGAAGCUUUGGUUCAAACAGAAGAUCAGCAAGGAGGAGUUUGACGUUGAGGCACGUCGUCUGUUGGCUCAGGAGAAUGUCCAUGUUCACAAUGAUUUCCUCCUGGCCAUUCUCACACGCUGCCAGAUCAUCGUCUCAACACCAGAGGGCACAGGGCCAUUACAGUGGCAAGGUGGCUCUGCUUCAAAGCCUGGGAAACCAAAAGGGAAGAAGAAAUGUUCCUCUAGACAGAAAUUUGAUCAUCGUUUCCAGCCACAGAACCCUCUGAGCGCCGCCCAGCCGUUCAGCCCGCGGGAGGUGGGAGGUGAGGAGGAGGAGCUGCGUCUCAGUGCCCACACUCUGCUGUUGCCCACGCGGGGCCAGCUGGAGGCUCGCAUGAUGGUGACGGCCUUUGAGCUGGGCCUGGAUAACAUCACAGAGGAUGCCGUCAGCAGCAUGAUCCACGCUAUUGAGCAUCACUUGAAAGACGUCCUGACUGCCGUCAUCACCCGGAGGAAGGCGUACAGGUUGAGAGAUGGUCGCUUCCCCUACGCCUUCGGCAGUGAUGUCACACCGCAGCCAUAUCUGAAAAACAGCCUUGCUGCUUACCAGAGUGUUUCUGAAUGUCCCCCUCCAAGCGCUUCCCUCGCUGCUGGACCACCACCUCAGGUGUCACCCGAUGAGGCCGAGCAACAAGCUGUUCACUUAUUGGCUUGUUCUGCCGACAGUCUCCCCGCGCCCCUCCCUCCAAUCAGCCUGUUUGAUCUCCUGGAGGCUUUACAGGUUCACCACGGCGUGAUGCCCUCCCACACUAUGUAUGCCCUGAACGUGGAGCGCAUCCUGUCGCGGCUCUGGCACCCCAGCCACGAAGAACUAGAGCAGGACCACGUACACCGGCAGCGCCUCGCUGCCAAAGACGGCGUGCUCGUCAGCUGAGAACCACUUGACGCAGGACUGUGUGUGAACUGCCGAUAUCAUCAGGAACCAAUCACAGAAAUGAUCCUCAAGUGAAAAUAGAUGAACAGUGUGUCCAAUUGACUGAAUACCUUUUUAUAAAACCUGGAAAAUCACAUCCAUGUUGCACAAAGAGAUAAAGCAUGAGUGGAGCAAGAUGAAACAAAACAGUUGGACAGUGGACACAGAGUGGGCAGUCCACUGCAGCCAAUAGCUGGCAAAUUAUUGUUCCCUCUACUGUUUCACCAGCCAUCUUGGCGGCCGACCAACCAUCAUUGGGCACUUCUGUUUCAUAAGUGAGAAAAUAAUUUGGUGGUAAAAUAUUGAAAGUAUUUAAUUUGAGGAUAUACCACCAGCAGCUACGAGCACUGGGCAGGAACAUAAGGUUCACGUUGUACAGUGUUAAUAUUUUGGUGUCAGAUAUGCACCCCAACUGUUAAAAUAUGUCCUAAGAACGCAGAACAGUCAGUAUCUAAUCAUGCGGCAUUGUGUACAUCACCAGGUCCUGUACAUUACACACAGGUCUUUUCACUUAAAGGGAUAGUUUUGGUGUUUUAAAGUAGGGUUGUAUGAGGCACCUCUCCAUAUUAGUCAGUGUAUUACCUACAGUGGAUGACGGCUGACACACCCCUAUCUUGGAGAAGCAGACAGGUGUUACCGCACGGAAGCAGAGCAAUACACUGCUGUGGACGGGGCCGGCAGCAAAACGUAUUUAAGCCACCUAAAAGAAAGGCUCACCUAAAAAAAUCAAUAUCAGUU